GCCCUGUAAACGGUUCUGCCGGAGCCUACCGCUAAAUUGUUUCCCAGGCGUGCCCCUCUACAGAACAGGCCCGCGUUCUGUACUGUACAGGGACAAAACAACCCAGCAACGCGGGCAUUUUGUCGGGCAACCAUGCGCAAUUCGAGCUUCCCUUUCAGGAACUGAAUAAAAUUACACGAAUGUAGUGUCGCGUGCAUUCCAGCUUAUCUUUUCCGAUUGGAGCCCGUAAACCAACCUCAACUGACGGCCAAUCGACCGGCUUAGCAAACCGACUCAACGUAAUCCGGACUGGCCUGGGAGGCGAGAACUUUGACGAGAAUGGCUUCAGAUUCCAGGCUACGGCAGACUCCUUCCGUACAGGAAGAAAACGAAGACGAGUGGGAAUACGAGUAUUCCACAACAGAAAUAGAAACCUACUACCUAACCUUGGACCUCUCGGUUCGCGACUUUCUCGAACGAAGGAAAGGCACAGUCGUCCAGACGCGAGGAGGCUACCGAGUGUGGUAUAAUCCUCUCUUCAAUGCGCCAGAACCUCGCGCCACAAAUUCGGAGCUCAUCACAAAUAACCAAAAUGGCGACGACGGCGAGCUCCCAGAGCACGGGCUGCCGGACCUAGACAACAUCGGUUUGGCGCCAUCCGACUCUCGAUCAGAGCUUCCGAUAGACCCGCUGCUGCAGGGACAGCCGGGGGGUAACAUCUACAGACCGGACAAGCCGAAUGACGACCCCGUCGACGAGAUCCAAAUACUAGACCUUCACUCGGCCGAGCCAAUCAUUUCAUAUCGAAACCAUGUCUUUCGCGGCUCUUGGGUGGAGAACAUCGGCACAGAGAUGAUCUUCACACCCCACGAGGACAAUCCAGCACUACCGCUUCUCCGAAGGUUAAACCAGAACAUCGACCUCCUGGCGGCGAGCGCUUCACGAAUCAAUUUCAAGGAGGCAACCUUGGUGCUAAAGAAUGUCGGUGUGUCGCGAGAACCGGAGCCUGCAAGGGAAGAAUAUGAGAGGGACGAGGAUAUUCCAGAGCGGUACCGGCGGAAUGGUGGGAUAUACGUCCACAUUGGCGGUGACAAGAGCGGCCAGCGACAGCCCCAGGCCCAUUUCUUGGAAGAUUUGAUUACGCUGAAGCGCAAGCGCGGCGAGAAAGACGAGGUCACCAUUCAGUCGGUAGAGACGAGGCAGAAUCGGUUGAUGGUGGAGGAUGAAGAGGAGGAGCGUCGGCGGAAUAAGCUCCGCGCAGACCAUAUGCGUAUGCUUGCCUUCCGCGAGAGGAAGAAGGAUGAGACGAGUGCAACGAUUGGCACAGCGACGGGCGGGGUGGCGAGCGCAGCACUCGCUGCGGAGGGGAGCUAUAUUCCGAGACAAAAGGCGACGAAGGGGAGGAGAGGGCCUGGCUCCAGGCCACGAACCCGACGCGCCGUCUUGAUCCGAAGGGACAGCGUAACAGGAGACAAUCGCAGCUCGAGUACGGCUUGGGCAGACGAGUCGACUCCAACACCUGCCCACUGGUCCGAUUUGCCUCGCGCCGAAGCAGCCGUUCGGGAGCCGGAUGGCGUCUCCGAUCGGGAAGGAAGUCUGGGCUGA